AUGGGGAAACAUAGCCGAAAAAUUGAAUUUGUUGAAGGAUCUAACAACCAAGAUCCUAUCGUAAUAGUUGUGACCGGCUUACUUGUCAAGUUAUACCAAGGUCAUCAUGUCCUUUCUUCAACAACGGCCACACAAGUUUUUCAAAAUCUAAUGAUUCCAGAGGUGGUGACUAUGCGAGAAAGAUUUGUUGUCCAUCCAUCUCAAGUAUGUUUGUUGGAUGAUACUGUUGAAAGUUCGAUGUCUUUACAAGAUGAGAUGAUGAAAGAUCGACACACAAUUGAGGAAUUAUACAACCUAUUGUCAAAUGAGGAAAGCAAGCGACAAUCAAUAAUGUAUGCAACUACAAUGGUUGGUUUUACUACUCUUGUGAUGAUUGUUGCAGAAAAAUAUAAAUUAGAGAUUGAGGUUGGUGACGAGUCAGGAGCUGCACUAUUUGUGCUUUUUGAUAGAGUUGUAAAUAAGUUAGUUAAUCUAACUGUUUCAGAUUUGUUACAAUUACAUCCGAGUUGUGACAAAGAUUUACCAUUACCGUUAUCAUCAAUGUCAUCGCGAAAACUUGUGUUCCAAGUUAAAAUUACUGAUUACAACCUCAAGAAAAAAUCACACAAUUUUACAAUUAUAAAAGUGUUUGAUCCAAGUCAAUCACUCAUUACUCAAUAG